AGUUGCUAUAUUUCACUGUGACUGGUUAAACAGCGGCUCUCUCACAUGCUCGAAUGUGCAUUGUUUUGACGGACAGCAGACAGCAGAUAAAUCAUGAGCGCCAAGCCAGGAACCAGUGUCGCCGCCGCUACCGUCGUUGGCAAUGGCAAUCCCAGUAUUAAUGACAUCAACCUGGAGGCACUCUCGCUCAGCGAAGGCAUACGCGAAUCACCGGUUUGCAUCAUUGUGCUGGGCAUGGCGGGAUCAGGUAAAACCACCUUUACUCGCAGCCUCAUCCAGCAUGCGCAAUCGCAGUUCAAUCCGUAUGUGGUCAAUUUGGAUCCGGCGUGCCGUGAGGUGCCGUAUGCGGCACACAUCGAUAUUCGCGACACCGUCAACUACAAGGAGGUGAUGAAACAGUAUCAACUGGGACCGAACGGCGGUAUUGUCACCGCCCUCAACAUGUUCACCACCAAGAUGCCCAAGUUUGCGGAGCUGGUGCGUCGCGCCGGCGAACGUGGUCACAAGUGGUGCAUCAUCGAUACGCCCGGUCAAAUUGAGGUGUUCACCUGGUCGGCAUCCGGCAACAUUAUCACUGAAGGUCUGGCCACCAUGUUUCCCACCAUUGUCGUCUAUGUGAUGGAUGUGGUGCGCUCCACAUGCCCAACCACCUUCAUGUCUAACAUGCUCUAUGCCUGCUCCAUACUGUACAAGACGCGUCUGCCCUUCCUCGUAACCCUAAACAAGAUUGAUCUGAAGGAAUGCAGCUUUGUGCAGGAGUGGAUGACGGACUUUGAGGCCUUUCAGGAUGCCCUCGAAAAGGAGCAGAGCUAUGUGAAUAAUCUAACACGCACCAUGUCCCUCACGCUGGACACAUUCUAUGAAAAUCUGAUCACUUGCGGCGUAUCGGCCAAGAGCGGAGUUGGCUUUUCCACACUGUUGACGCACUUGCUCGAGUGUGUCGCCGAAUACGAGCGUGACUAUAAGCCGGUCUACGAGAAGAUGCGUCAACAGCGCCUGGCCGAGCAGGCAACGGUUCCCGAUCCAGCUGCUCACAUCGAAGAAGCUGGCGUUGCAGUUCCCUUAGGCCUGGAUCUGAGAGAUCCGGUUAGUAAUACGGACAACAGCGUGUUCCUAAUGGCGCCCAGUUUGGUGCCGCAACAACUCGAUGCCGCCGAGCAGGAGAUGGAAACGGAUGCCAAAGGCGAUCUGGAGGAUCAAAACUUUCAGAGUUUCGUACAGAAUCACAUGACAGCACAGCAAAGUAAACGGGAUAAACAACAGCAGCAGGAGCAACAGAAUUAGUUAUUAUGUUUUUUUAUUGGUAGACUCGUAAGCGCUAAGCCAUUAAAGCGAGUACAUACUGUACUCUGUAAACUUGUAAAAUAUGCCACUAUUUUGUUGUUUGUUAUAUGCAGUUAGUUUUGUUCUUUAUUAUUUUAUAUUCACUUUAACAAGCAAAAACAUUCAAUAUAUAGUGUUCUGUUCAAUUUGGUAUAUAUAUAGAUAUAUAUGUAUGUAUGUGUCAGUGUAUGUGUGUGUGUGUGUGUGGCAUACGGACUUAAUGAAUAGUUUUGCAAAUUAUUUAUAACAAUUACAGUGAUAUAUUUAUGAAGGAUACACAUUUAGUAUCUACAAAUAUAUGUAUGUAUAUAUAGUAUUAUAGUACAUAUGUAUCAUGCAUCCUCAAGUGGAAUCUUUGAUUUGCCUUUUAGAUAAUAAUACAUAUACGAAAGUACGUAUGUAUGCAUGUCUGUACACAUGUAUGUAUCUGUGUGUGUGUGUCUGUGUGAGUGCAAGCAGCUUAUAUACUCAUAGCAUAUACUAUGUAUACACCCCUAUUGUAUAUAGUAUGUAAAUAUCUGUAUAUAUCGUGUGUAUAUGUAUGUGUGUGUGUGUGUAGAAUGAGCAAAUCAAUUGUGAGUGCGCCACGCCUUACACGCCAACUCUUCCUAUUUCCACUCCAAAUACUUAAAAUACCCCAGCAGAGGGUUUAUCUGACAAACUAAACUUCUAUAUGAACAAUCAGCUGAGUUCUUGACUAUAACUCAGUUUUAUUAUUUUUGUAAUCUACCUACUUCUUGAGUUAUUGAGAAAUAAAUUCAAUAUACAACUAGAAAUAGUUUACAAAAAAAUGAUUAUUAAAAGAAUACACAUUUUGUGAAAAUAAAAAUAAAUAUACAUAUAAUAUAGAGGUCGAAAAUCAUAUUCGAUAUGUCAUUCGACCAGUUUCAUAAUUGCCAGUUAAUUCAAUUUUCGUCUUAUACAAUUGUAUUACUACUUACAUAUUCUUGAACUGUCAUUGGAUCAGAUCAUUUUGCUGGGGUAUUUUGUAUAUACGGGGCACCGAAUAUCGCUUUGCUAUCAUGAUUUUUGUUAAAUAUAUUACGCUUACAAAAAUACAGAUCAUCUCAAACUACAA